AUGGGUAUGAGGGUGGCCUUAUUUUGGAACAGCCUCCAACACUACCAUUGUGUUGCAUUAUCUUGCCUGCAGAGGAACUUCAUGAGAUGCACAGAGGACAAUCCCAUCUUUGAAGGCAUCGACUGCGAAAUUUUCGAAUCUCGUUAUCCAACCACUAUGGCGCUCUCGGUACUCGUGACCAUCGAGAUGUGCAAUGCACUGAACAGCGUGUCUGAAAACCAGUCUCUGCUCCGGAUGCCUCCCUGGUUGAACAUCUGGCUGCUGGGGGCCAUCAUCAUGUCCAUGGCCCUUCACUUCCUGAUUCUCUAUGUGAAACCAUUGCCCCUGAUUUUCCAGGUGACGCCGCUUAGCUGGCCUCAGUGGGUGAUGGUGCUGAAAAUCUCCUUGCCCGUGAUCUUGCUGGAUGAAGGCCUAAAGUAUUUCUCCCGCAACCAUUUAGACAGCAAAGAGAACCAGAAAUGAACCCUCUACAAAGGGCGCUCCGUUUUCUCCGCGCAAGAACCAUAAACUCCGACUCGGGACGAAAGACUUUGCAUGCUUGAACAUCACCAGAAGCCACUCAAGGGAUAUGCAUGUUUUUUUUUAAAUUUGACGUCUCGGACUUCAUGCGGGUGAAAAUCGUCAACCGAAAAGAA